UACACUGUUAUUACUAUAAUUCAGAACGUGAAACCAUACUGAUUAUUUUCUUCUCAGUCAUAACUGGUCAGCGAUUAGUACCGUGUGUCCUUUUUUAUACAUUUCAUUUCAAAAUAAACCAACCAUAAUGUAUCAAUGGUUAAAAUCUGGUUCACUUAAAAGGCCUACAUGUGAAAUAGAAGCAGAUAAUUCUGUGAAUGAUGUGAAUGAAGUUCAGUGUACUGAUCAACAUAGUACAUCUAGCUCUGACUCAAAUCGCCGUAAUGUAAACUCGAAGAGUACCGUAGGAACUAAAGUGAGAAAGUAUAACACUGAAUAUUUACAAUUAGGAUUUACAUUUGCUGGGACUGAAGAUGAACCAAAACCACAGUGUGUUAUUUGCUUGGAGAUCUUGUCCAAUGAAAGUAUAAAACCUUCCAAAUUACGACGCCAUUUUGAGACAAAAAAUGGCGAAUUUACUAGUAAGUCUUUGGAUUUUUUUGUAGCCAAGUUAGGAGAAUUUAAAAAAUCACAAAAAGUGAUGAAAUCUUCGACAAGUUUAAGUGGUAAUAAAAAAGCCACUUUAGCUUCAUACGAAGUCGCUCAACUUGUUGCAAAAUCUGGUAAGGCUCAUACCAUAGCCGAAGAACUAAUUCUUCCUGCUGCAAUUGUCCUCUGCAAAACAAUGUUAGGUGAAUCUGCAGCAAAGUUGAUUAGUUCUGUCCCCCUAUCUAAUAAUACAAUUCAAAGAAGAAUUACUGAUAUGUCUGCAAAUAUUGAAGAAACACUAUUUACAAGGCUGUCUACAAGUGACAAGUUUGCAUUGCAACUAGAUGAGAGUACUGACAUAGCAAGUAAGUCAUCUAUGUUGGUUUUUGUCCAUUUUAUAUGGGAAAAACAGUUAUUUGAAGAUUUUUUGUUUUCAUGCGAGCUCCUACAUACUUCGGCAAAAGAUAUAUUUGAAGCUAUUGAUAAGUUGUUUACAGAGCAUGGCAUUUGGUGGGAAAAUAUGCGUUUGAAUAACCACUGA